CUUUCUACUCUUCAACAUCCUCUCAGUCCGCUUUCAUCGUCCAUCUCGCAUCUCCCUCCAUCUCCAUCCCGCAUAGCUUCGACGUUGGUCACUCUCUGGCUGGUCCUUGUACUCGUCGCUGUCUACUCUGCUCUCUCCUCUCCUGCUACUCCCACUUCGCCUCGACUUUCUGCCAUCGCCGACUUCAACCUCUGGCCCAAAAGGGAAAUAAAAAAUAAAAUAGAGAGCCACAACCACAACCAACUUCAUCAGCCUCUUCUUUUUUUUAUCCUUCCCUUCCUUCAUUUUACUAUUCACUACCAAUAGACCACUGUGCAUCGUUAGCAAGGCAUGCUUAGUCCUCGACAGUCGCUCGCCGUCACCACCACCGCCGCCGCCUUCACCGUCUCUUCUCUCGCCGCCAGAAUAUCAGAGGAAGCAAGAUAACCAUUUCGGCUGGAGACUUGCUACGGACUUGGAGCCUCGUCUUCCUGCUCGUCUGGUCUCUUUCUCCCCCGUCUCUCUCUCUCCCCUCUGUUCCCUUCCGGCUCCUCUCCUAAACUACUCUACUCUGCUUCCGUCGAUAAUACUAUACAAUGGCUCCUGCUGCUGCGUCAAAUUCCGGUGCGAAGAAGGCCUCCAUGCCACCGGAGAGGAAAUACAAGUGCCAGUUCUGUCACCGGGCCUUCAGUCGCAGUGAACACCGCAGUCGACAUGAAAGAUCUCAUACAAAGGAACGGCCGUUCAAGUGUCUCAAGUGCAGAAGUACGUUUGUGCGCAGAGACCUGCUCCUCCGUCAUGACCGCACAGUGCACGCAAAGGAUGGUGGGAUUCCCUUGGUUGCCGAAGGACGUCGACGUGCGACAACAGCGCCAACCUCCACGACAGCCACAGCCAAAGCUAGUAGCCCGUCCAAGUCGUCCACCAUUGACCCCGCUGCGUUGGAACAGAUAGAGGCCAGCAGUGAUGGCAUGGUCGACCUCGAGACCGCGGCCAUGCUCAUGACAGACUUCCAGCACAAGGCUGCCGCUUCUGUCACCGCCCAGCAUCGCAGUCACCAGUCCUACUCGGAUCGUGGGAACAGUCUUAUGGAACCAUCUGUCUCGUACAUGUCUGGCAACGCUACCCUCCCCCAGAUGCCUUGGGAUACCUUCAUGGCCGAUGUCAAGCCCUCCAAGGAGCCCUCCAGGUCCUCUCAGGCUGCUGCUUCUUCCUACCAGCACCAGCACCAGCACCAACAUCAGAACAUGGUUGCUCCUACUAUCGAACGCAGUUCCUCCAGUGACAACUUGGCUCCAAACAUGCACUCACUCGUCCAUUCUUUGCCCGUCUCUGGUAACUCAACCCCCAACGCUCUGUCCCCUUACCCAUCCAUGACCGGACCCGUUUCCCCAGUCAACUACAGGCGUUCACCCGGACCCAGCCAAGUCCUCACCCAGCCCAAGACCCCACAGAUUGCCAGUGAUGCCGAGCGCCAGAUCAUCGUUGACCGGCUAGAGGCCAAUGACAGCCUCAACAGCCUGCCAGAGACCUUCAAGGUGCCCACCACAGCCGUCUUGAACAGAUACCUGUCCACUUACUUCAACAUGUACCACCAUCAUCUGCCCUUCCUGCACCCGGCCACAUUCAAUCCCAAGGAUGUCUCAUCUCCUCUGCUCCUUGCCGUGUUGUCCAUUGGUGCCCUCUACACCUUUGAACGGGAAGAUGCCUUCAUGUUGCACAUCGGCUCCAAGAUGCUGGUCAACCAGUUCCUCCAGCAAAAGGACAACUUCGACUCGAGAAAGUGUCCCCUCUGGGCCAUGCAGAGCACCUUGCUCAACAUGAUCUUCGAGAGCUGGAGUGGUGACUCCAAGGGCCUCGAGUGGACCUGCUCCAUCAAGAGUUUGCUCGCCAACAUGGUCGCCGGCAACAGAUACCAGCUCAAGCUCAGAAUAGACGCUCGCGAAGGCUCUACCCCGCGACACGCCGAAUGGAUCGAGGACGAGAGCUGUCGUCGAACAUACUACGCCGUGUUUGUCUUCUUCGGCAUGCUCAGCCUGACAUUCAAUCACAACCCAGCCCUGACCUUCAACGAGUUCGAUACCCUUGAACUGCCCUCGUCAGAGUCCCUCUGGAACCUCGAUAUCUCGGACGAGUACACCUGGCGCCGAGCUCUGGGCGGCAGCUCCAAGAUCCUUACCGUCAGACAGGCCCACGACAGCCUCCUGCGGGGCGAACCAGUGCGUUACUCCGCCUAUGCAACCCGUGUCAUGAUCAAGGCCCUCUUCCUCGAAGUAUGGGAUCAGUCUCGCACCAUCGACGCCCUCCAGGAUGUGGUCACCCAGUACAAACUGCGACUCGCAAUUGAAACAUGGGAGAAGUCCCUUGACAUCUGCGAACCUGAAACCAUAGUCGUUCCCAUCAGCACCCCUCAAAAGGGCCACCCGCUCAUCUUCAACUCCAUGGCCGUCUACCGCAAUACCCGUGCCAGAUUAGAAGUUGACCUCAAGUCCAUCCAGGAAGCUCUUCGCUACCACUCGCCCUACGAGGUCGCAGCAGCCAUGACCGUGGCCCGCGAAAAGAUCAAGCGGUCCCAGGAAAUGAACAAGGUCGUCACGCAGUGCUUCGAGUGCAUUGAAAUCGCUGCUGUUCAGGGGCUGAACUGGGUUGCCACAGCCUCUGCUACGAACUGGAGCAUCGAACACCCGCUCUGCGGCAUGGAUAUGAUGGUCAUUCUCAGCUUGUGGCUUUACCGUCUUGAACACGACGAGGAACAGGCCACGGAAGACGAGUUGGAGCUGUAUUACAAGAUUCGUGGCCUGUUUACCAACGAGCUCUCCGACCAGCAUGACAAGCUUUGUUCCACCGUUGCCCGCGUAUGGGGGAAUAUCCUCGACGGCGUAGUCGUAUGGGGAAUUACCAAGCUCAUGGGCGAGGCAUUCAAGCUCCACUCUCAGGCUCUCGUUGGAUACCAGGACUCAGCUGCUAGUCCCGAGCAGGCCCUUGAACCCAUGCCUAUCAAGGGUCUUGCCAGCGUCGGGACUGCGUAUUGACUGCGCCGCUAACCUCUCUCCCACCUCACACAAUCUCUAAUUUGCACACCUCCUAUCUCUUUUUCUUCUUUUCCUUAUUUUCCUUCUUUCCUACGGCGUUAUGUUGAGGCUAUUCUUUUU